AUGCCGGCUUAUAUCCCCGUAUACCCUUCACUGAACGAGAGGAGGGGAGCGUUGUGCAAGUUGUCUAGCUCUAGCAAGGAACUGUCGAGGGUACGUGCUAGAGAGAUGCCAAGGAGGAUACCUCUGAUGAAGAAGUCGAGGAACAGGAUGUCGGAACGAUCGACAGGUGUAACGGAUCGACAGAACUGCCUGAGAUCCUCAGAGGUGAGGCUGGAGUGA